AGGGAACGUAGCCUUUCGCGCAACUAUAUCCUUUUCCCCUUCAGUUGCGAUGGAUUUUCCACAUUUAGAUCAAAUAUAUCCGCUGUUCCUACGUGUCAUUGUUCUCUUCGAUUUGACGGUAUAAGAAUGAACAAUGCAUGAAUCGUUUUGGCCUCCAUAUUGUGGCUUAUUUUGAUAGGUUUCUCCAUUAGACUUACUAAUUUUGGUUUGUUUUAUGUUAAGUGGUCGUUAGCUGGUUUCGGGUUUUUGAUUUUCUCUUUGGUCUGUCUGAUGAGAUAGGAUUUAUGAGUGAAGUUUUUUCCAUUUUUAGGACCGUCUUGGCUCCCCGUUUUUUCUGCAAAACGUAUAGCUAUAGCCUAAAGGGGGAGCCGCAUCGAUCGUCUAGAUGAUGGAAAAAACGUAGAAAGCAUUAACUUAGUUGAUACAUCACUCACUGCCUGGUUUCGCAAAUAUUACAUGGUUGCGGCAACACCGUGACAAGAUGGUCUCUCCGAUUAAACCGCAACGCAGGGUCUUCCGUCCGGCCCGGAAUAAAGUAAAGCCAUCAACGCCAACGAAAGGGGUAGAAAUCGAGGAUGAAGAUGGUAUUUCCAUUAGGGUCUCUCUGAAUGUGCAUAUUUAUUACUGUCAAAAACACGAAGAAAGGGAUAGGUACUAUACUAGCCCCCUGGAGAGGUUCCCCAGGGAGAGGAGUCGAAGGGAAGACGAGACACUCGCUAGAGGGUGGACGUAGAGGGCACGCAAAGAAGUGCGCUAACUUUCAAAAUACUUUCAAAGUUCACGCCUUAACUUUCAAAAUUCAUGUCCUAACUUUCAAAAUUCAUGUCCUAACUUUCAAAAUUCUUGCCCUAACUUUCAAAAUUCCUGUCCGAACUUUCAGAGUCAUGUCCUAACUUUCAAAAUUCAUGUCCUGACUUUCAAAAUUCAUGUCCUAACUUUCAAAAUUCAUGUCCUGACUUUCAAAAUUCAUGUCCUAACUUUCAAAAUUCAUGGCCUAACUAUCAAAAUUCAUGUCCUAACUUCGAAGGUUAGGGCCCAAAACGUAAGCGCCUAACUCAAAACGUAAACUCAAAAUGUAAAUUCAAAAUUCAAAAUGUAAAUUCAAAAUUCAAAAUGUAAGUUCAAAAUGUAAAUUCAAAAUAUAAAAAGAAAAAUCAAAAUUCAAAAUGUAAAUUCAAAAUUCAAAAUGAGAAUUCAAAAUCAAAAAAGAAAAAUCAAAAUCAAAAAAGAGAAAUCAAAAUCAAAAAAGAGAAAUCAAAAUCAAAAAUAAGAAAAGAAAACCAAGGCAAAACUUUAUAAGUAAAUAGAUUAACUGGAGCGUUGUAUCACUCAGACAAAAGAAGUAUUUGUUGAAGUUACUCCAGAAGUAGAAAGCCUUGUAAAGUAAUCAUGCACCGAUCGAUGACAGCAGGAAUGAAAAUUAUGAGUGAGUGAGACACUCAAUAAGCGAACUACAACUGCACGAUAACGCCUAUCCCUAUAUUACAGGUUUGCUCAGUCCCCGACAUAGCGGUCGAACGAGAGAAACGAGUACCGCGCCCCGCCGCGGUCGCAGACUUUUGUCCAAUAAGAGGCGAGCGCGGCGAAACAGGUCGCUCUGGUGGAGGCGCCGCGCUGCAGUAGAUCACGAAGUGGGUAGUGUUCGCUCAUGCACGCGACGCGUUUUGGGAAACUGUGCAGCAGUCGCUCCAGCCGGCGUAAUUCUUAAGAAGUUGUUUUUUCUCGUAAUGUUUAUUGCUUGUGCCAAGGAAUCAGAAAAGUGAUAUUACUAUAGCUUUAUCCAUUGUAACUCACAUUACUUGUGAUUAGAACUAACCUUUUUACUCACGACUCCAUGACUUGCUGGCUGAUCUUCGUUCCUGAGCAAGAUGCGCAAGUUGCCACCAUAUUCGUGCGAAAUAUUUCGUCAUAUCGGCCCUCCGCACUAGCGUAAACCUCCCACAAAUUGCUGGGCAGGUUACUAAUGUUAUUGUUUGAACUACUACGUGCUGCAUGGCUAACAAGAAUGUAAUUGUGUGAAGAAAAAUAGAAUAAAUUGUACCUAAAUCAUGGAGCAGUCUUCACACUCUUAUCCUAAUCAAUAUUGUGAGGAAAUAUGAACUGUUAAGACUCAGAUCCUUUUUUUUGGUUUCAAGGAAUCACCACGUUCCAAUAUCUGGAUAGGAAGACGAAAAAGAGUACUAGAAUGUCCAUUGUAGUGCCUCUCAUCCUAGAAAUGGCAGGCUCGUCGGCAAUUAGUGCGUUCGUGAUAUACGGAGGCUAAUGCACUCCACCUGUCGCCGGUUUGCGAACUGGAUGAAACUGAGCCACUCUUCUAGCAGCUCCAGGAUGAACACAAAAACAAGCGACCUCCUGAGUCUGCGUCUGUGGUUUGUCCUAGUCAAGAGACACGCCCAGCGUCGGCCAUGGGCGUUGGGAUCUCUGUGCAACGAAGCUACAAAUUAUUGUAUCUCCUUCUAACAUUGUAUCGUCACACGGGCACGGCCGAAAAAAUCCUCUACUGCGGGGUCGAAUUCCCCGGAUAGGAUAUGUCAAAGAGGAGCAGGAUAGGAAGGAGGAAGAUAUUAACUUAAGGUUCUUGAUCAGAAGUGUGCAAACAAAUUCUUCAUCAUCGCCUAGGCCUAGAACAAGAACUAAGAUCUUGGGUUAGAGAUACAUACUACGUAAGAACGGGCACAAUCAGAUUAAGAAUCGUUGUUUUUCUUCUCGAAAAAGUAUUAUGGUAUGGAAAUAUGAGGCAACAGAUGAAGCUGAUGCUUCUCCUCUCGUCUGCAUCUUCACUAUUCUUGUACAGCAAGGUGGAGCUUCCUACCUGCGUCCAUAGUCGGAAUUAGGCACUCGUGGUCUUGCCGCAUAGUUCACAACAGCGUGAACUGCGCAAGACAGAGACAUUAAAGAGCCAAGCCCCCUGCAUUAAAAUUGUAGGGUGAGUGAACGUGAACGAAUGUAGAUGAGGUGCGUGUCAUCUGACAUGUAUAAGCCGCACUAGGAAGGAUCAAGACGAAUCGACUUCAACAAGCUCGCACGUGGCAGCGAGGCCAGACGAAGUCAAAAAUACUCAAUGAUGCUCUUGAAUGUGCGUGAGCGAGUCCGAC